CAAAAGCUCCAACACAAAGAACAGUCCGACAACAGAAGCAAUCCACCAUGAUAACCGAACGCCUUCAUCUCCUCUUCCUCUUCCUGGCCACCGCCUCAUUCCACUGCCUCCGUCAAUCCGGCGCGCGCACCAUUCUAGUCGACCCCACCACCGACUCCAACCCCAGCGCCGCCACAUUCAUCCGCACAAAUUGUAACGCCACCCUCUACCCCGGCCUCUGCUACUCCUCCCUCUCUCCCUACUACAACGCCAUCCAACAGGACUCCGGCAAGCUCGCUCGCGUCGCCAUUGCGUUGACCCUCACUAAGGCCCACCGCAUGACCUCCUACCUCUCCGGCCUCUCUCGCGACGCCGACUACAGCACCAACUCCCGCGCCGCCUCAGCUCUCCGGGACUGCUUCACCAACCUUGGGGACGCCGUCGACGAAAUCCGCGGCUCGCUCAAGCAGAUGCGCCAGUUAGCCAUCAUGGGUGCCGGCGGCGAGCAGUUCAGGUUCCAGAUGAGCAAUGUUCAGACGUGGAUGAGCGCAGCACUGACGGACGAGGACACGUGUACGGACGGAUUCGAGGAUGUGCCGGAAGGUGCGGUGAAGACGGACAUAUGUGAUCGGAUGAACUACUUGAAGGAGUUCACCAGUAACGCCUUGGCGCUGGUGAAUAGUUACGCGAACAAGGAAAUGCGUUAUUAGAUAUUACUUUCAAUAAUUACUACUAAUAAUUAGUUAUUAAUAUGUAGCAGUAACAGUGAUUAGGGUUCCAUCCUUAAUUUUCCUUCCAACUUUACUGUUUACAUGGUGAUUUUCUGUUCUUGUUUUGGUGAACGUGUGAAAAGUGUGUCCCUCUUUAGUUAAGUCAAAUGUGAAUUAUGUGUAUCGCAUUCUUCUGUUUUUAAUUUCUCUCAAAUAUAUAUUGUACCCUUGAUUAGUGGUUGUGUGGCAUUUUUGUCUCUUUCGAAAUUAUGAAUUA